AUGACAGCUCCUGCCGCCAUUCAGACCAGCAGAUUCUGUGCCCGAGCAGUAUCACGACCUAGCAACCUCAGUAGAUGGUCACAAAGAUCGCAGAUAGCAAGGAGGCCGCUUUCGACCGCUGGGAACUACAAGACUCCUAAGCCCUUCAACGAGCCGAACCUGCACUAUGCCCCGUCGUCGCCAGAGCGAGAGAAGAUUAUCGCUGCGCUGCAGGAGCUGAGACCGAGACUCCCGGUCCAAGUGCCGACAAUACGAAAUGGAGAGGAGGUCGCAGCACAGCAAAGCCAGGCUGUUGUAGAAACAUACAUGCCAGCCGAACAUUCGUCCGUGUUUGCGACAUAUACCCCUGCAACAGAAUCCGAUGUCUCCGCCGCAAUCGAGGCUGCCCUGGAAGCCAAAAAGACAUGGCAAGACACGCCGUUUGUGGAUCGAGCAGCCAUCUUUUUACGCGCCGCCGAGCUUGUAUCCAGAAAGUACAGAUUCGAGAUCAUAGCUGCUACCAUGCUCGGCCAGGGCAAGAACGCGUGGCAGGCCGAGAUUGAUGCCGCCGCGGAGCUAGCAGACUUUUUCCGGUUCAAUGUCUCAUACGCAGAAGAGAUCUAUUCCAGGCAACCUACACUGAACGAGCGGGGACAAGCAGGGCGGACAGAUUGGCGUCCACUAGAAGGCUUCGUCUACGCCAUCUCGCCCUUCAACUUUACCGCGAUCGGUGGCAACCUGAUCUCUGGGCCGGCCUUGCUUGGCAACGUCGUCCUCUGGAAACCGUCCCCUUCCAACAUCUACGCAAGCUACUUGGUGUACAAGAUUCUGCGCGAGGCAGGCCUUCCUGCCAACGUCAUCCAAUUCAUCGGCGGCGACGCCGAAAUGGUGACCAAAGUAGCGCUCGCGCAUCCAGCGCUCUCGGCCAUCAACUUCACAGGCUCCUCCGACGUGUUUCGCCACCUGUACGGCUCCGUGGCCGACGGGGUUCGGCAAAGAAAAUAUCGCGACUUCCCACGCCUCGUUGCCGAAACGUCCGGCAAAAACUUCCACCUGAUCCACCAGUCCGCCGACAUCCCCAACGCGGUCAAGCACACGAUCCGCGCAUCCUUCGAGUAUGCCGGCCAGAAAUGCUCGGCCUGCUCGCGGAUCUACAUCCCCCAAAGCCGCGCCUCCGAGUUCUUCUCACAAAUCAAGCACGAGCUGGCCGCCGUCAAGGUCGGGCCACCCGAGGACUUUGAAAGCUUCACGGGCCCCGUGAUCAACCGGACGGCCUUUGACAAGAUCACCAGCGCCAUCGACGCGGCCAACCAGGACGACCAGCUCGAGUUGGUCGUCGGAGGCACCUACGAUCCCAGCCAGGGCUUGUAUAUCGCCCCGACGAUCUACUCUGCCAAGAACGUCGAUCACCCGCUCUUCGACCGCGAGCUGUUCGGCCCCGUGCUGGUCGCGUACGUCUAUCCGGACGAGGACUUUGAGCCGCUUUUGUCUACCAUCGAUCAGCAAGGCGGCGGCUUCGCGCUGACGGGCGCCAUCUUCGCGACGGACAGCCACGCGACCCGCAAGGCCGAGGACACGCUGCGCUAUGCGGCGGGUAACUUUUAUACCAACUGCAAGACCACCGGCGCUGUCAUUGGGCAGCAGUCCUUUGGAGGCGCAAGGGGUAGUGGCACCAACGACAAGGCGGGUAGUGCGGGUAUGUUGAUGCGGUUUACCGCGCCGAGGACGUUGAAGGAGGAGUAUCAUGCGCUUGAUCGUGUCUUGUAUCCUAGUAAUGCGUAG